GUCCCCAGAACCUUCGCAUUCCCUCCACUGGCAUCCUCCAAACGUCUCCCGUUGUCCCCAUGGCAGUUCGCACUUCACGCAGUCCAGUCCGGGUCGAUGGCCAGAGGCAUCUAGCAUCCCUGCCCAUCGAAGUCUACAUGCUGAUCGUGGACGAGAUCCUCAACGAGGUGGAUGAUGGAUCGUCUGUAGGGUAUAAGACAGUCCUCUCCAAUCUCAACCUUGUCUGCCGACUCUUCGCCAAUCUCGUCACGCCAAAGCUCUUCGCACGCUUGACAAUCGCGAGCCCGCCGUCCAAGGAGUUAAAGCGGACACACGGGGCGCGUACGGCAUGGCUGAAGCAACUCGCGCGGGGAGACAAGGCAGCUGUCGAAUUAGCCGCCAUGGUCAGGGAACUCGAACUUCACGGCUGCACGUCCGCAGAGGGCGGGCGCCACCCCGCCACAAUCGAGUCCCCUUCGUGGCGACAUGCCCAAAUCCUCACCUACUUCCCGACCCUGCGCAGUCUGACACUCGUGCAGACAGUCGUGUCAUGCGAGUUCUUCGUAGCGAUGAAAUCCCUAGGGCAUCUCCGCAGCCUAUCCAUCAGGCACUGCUCCUUCGCGCCGCUAACGGGGCACUGCAAGCCGUUGCACUACUCGAUGAAGCUCGAGCACUUCGACGCGUUUGUCCUUGAUGGCGUGGACCCGUACGUUGCGGCGCUGUCGUCCAUGAUCCAAGGAUCCUAUAUCCGGUCUUUGAAAGCGACGGAGUGGCCACUGGCUCGCGCCAUCCUGCAGGGCAUGUCCGAAUGCCGACUGGAGCAACUUGACAUUUCCUUUGAUCCCCACGAUUCCGCUGUCCUCUUUGGUUUCCUCGCUGGAGCGGGUACGAUCUCGGAUUUGUCGCUCGUGAGCACACUGGAUGGAGAUGAGAGGCCCUCGCCGCACGCAGCUCCAUCCAGGAUCUCUCUGCCCAGGCUGAAAACCCUACGCUGUCCGCUCAAUCUUCUUCCCGUGUUAUUCCCCGGAGGUGCCGUCUCGUGUCUGAGCGUCGUAGACAUCUGCGACUGGUUCAGCCCGAGCGUCAGCACGGACGAUCGGCUUCUGUUGCCUCUUGAGCACUCGCAGCUUCGGGAGCUAGAGAUACCGGCGUGGGUUUUCUAUCAUUACCCUGUGCACCAAUACGCGCCCACUGUGGCCACUCUGUCGAUCUGUUUCGAUUUGCUUACCUACAGCACGCCUCUCGAGCAGCUCGUCCGAGACAUUUGCGCUCUAGGCCGCACCUCGAGGCUGACAGGCUUAAACCUGCGUUUCGUCAACGCCAUUUGGAGGCUUAACCUGCCUCUGCAACACAAGAUGAUCGCGCAAUACCUCAUGCCUGCGUGCCCUGUAGCCAAGCGAAUCUCCUUCGACGAUGCCAUCGACUGGCAGCGGGAGCCAUCCAGCUCGAAGUGGAAACCCGUGGUACGCGCGCGCGAGCCCAUUAAGGCGCUCCUGAGGACGCAGCCUGACGUGCGGCAGAUGAUGCAGGUGAUGGACUUCGAGGGCGCGCUUGCAGGGAUACUUGACGGAGAGAUUGAUCUGUCCGUUUUAUCGUAAUUGUAGUCUUUUUCUUCGGCCGUAGCAGCGAUAGUAAGUAGGGCCAAUGUCUGCGAGUCUCCGUAGUAAAUGAGGCAUUGAAUGUGUUACGACCGCUCAUGGACUUUACCUGCAAUGUAACUUAGCAUAGUUAGGUAUUUCGCGUCUUCAAUUUUAUACCGGUAAUACUUAUACUGUAUGGCAAGUUGUGGUUGAGAUUUGUUGCAUCCCGCGUCCAGGUCGG